AUGAUUAGGACUACUCUAAGGACUAACUUAGUGGGCUUUGCAAGGAGGUCAGUCUUGAACUACAAGAAACCCACUUUCCAGCCACUUGUUCAGCAAAGAACCUUGAGACUUUCACCAAGCCAGUUCCAAGCUGUGAAAGGAUGGGGUUUCAUAAUAAAUAUAUUAGGUGGAGCUUAUAUUGGAGGAUUCAUAGUAUGUAUGGGGCUGUUAUAUUUACUUUAUCAUGAUGCUGAUGAAAGACAAAAUAUCCCUUUUGAAUUAUCUUUUCAAAAUCAAUUAACAGCCGUCAAAGCCAUCAACAAAGACGAUGUCUUGAAGAGCCCCAGACAUGCAGUCAAACAUUACCGGAGAUUAUUGAUUGAAUUAGCUAAACAGGAGAAUCCAAACCUCGAUUUUGACGAAACUACUCCUGAGAAUAAGUAUAGGGCACCUUUGUUGGAGUCUGAAACCUUGCUUUACAAGAAAUCCCAAAAGUUUUCCGAUUUCUACAUUGAUAUUGUUUCCAGAUACGCCAAAGCAUUAUUAGCUAAAGGACAAUUAGACAUCUCCAUAGAAACAUUGGAAAAAUUGGUAUAUGAUGACGAAGUAUUCUAUAAAUUAGGUGAUUCAGAAAGAUUAUCGAAUUGUGCUAGGUUAUUAUGUAAAAUAUCUGAUGACUUCCAGACCAGGCAAAAGUUGUUGGAUAGAUCAAUUGACAUGAUCACAAAAUCUUUUCCUUCUGUAAGAAUUAAUGAUUAUAUGGUGGAAUCCAGCUCCAAUAUGACAGACGAGUUAUUCUCAUGUUUGAAUGAGACAGCUUUUAAUUUUGCCAAAGAAUCCUCCCACAAGAAGGAGUUAUUGAACAAAUCAUUGAACAUUUAUUUGAACAAUUUAAAGUUUCUUAAUACCAUAAAAUCAGAGAUGGAAGCCAAUACCAUUAAUCAAAACAAUUACCCUUUCUUCAACAUAAGUAGUGAGAAUGUAUCAAUCCUUAUCAAUGAAGUUAGAGGCCAUUUAAGUGAAAUCAUGUGGACAAAAGGAUACAAGAAGAAUGCAGUGUCUUGGGGCGAAGAAGUCGUAGAUGACAUAUACCAUUCCAAUGCUUCAUCUCAAAAGACUACGGAUAUUCUUAUUGGCGUGUUAGAUAAUUUGAUCUUUAUGCACCAUAAAAUGGGAAACUUAAAGGGGGAGAAAAGAUGUAAAGAAUUACGUGGAGAUUUAAAGCCUUUUGAUGAAUAUGAAAAAUCUUACUAUAAUAACGUUAUCAACAAAUUUUCAAAAAUCAUUUAUCAGAAAGGACCUCUCGGGAUUAUUGAAAAAGUUUUGACCGAAAGAUUUGGUCCCACCAAGAGACUUUUAGAUAUCGAAGAAUUCGAAGAAGAAGAUGUGGAAUAA